AUGUCCUCUUUCCUCGCUCCUUAUCUCCCAUCCUCCGCAGGAUGGCUCGCAUACUGGCAGCUGUUCGUUGCUGGUGCGGCCGUGUUCAAUAGCAUCCAGAAUCUUCUGACGCUCAAGCUGACCCGUAAACUCUACAACAAUGUUCCCGCCACCUCUGUGACCGCCCUCCAAGCGCGUACCUUUGCUGUGUGGACUCUGACGUCCGCAGUCAUUCGUGGUUAUGCUGCAUACAAUAUCAACAACAAAAUUAUUUAUGAUAUAGCACUCUUGUCCUAUCUCAUUGCCUUUGGCCACUUUUUCUCCGAACUCCUCAUUUUCCGAACGGCAAAGCUCUUUCCAGGUGUAAUAAGCCCUGUCAUUGUCUCAACUACAAGUCUUGUCUGGAUGUUCACCCAGUAUGACUUCUAUGUUCGAGGGUGA